AUGCCUCGAAUUGAGAAAUAUAAUGUUCAUCCCUUGGGAUGGGAGAAUGACCCAGAGGAGGAGCGUUUCAGACUCUCCACCCUCGAUUACUUGUCGUCAACUACCUACACUAACACAGCGCUUUUUUUCAAAGUAGCAGAUGUCGACAAACGCAAGCCAGCUGAUCUCAUCACCAGCAAAGUCGCCACAAUACUAAAAGAGGGUCUGGAGCGGUGCUUGAGCCAAAUUAGGCACAUGAACGGCAAGAUCGAAAGAGACGAGGAUGGUCAUCACUCAAUAGUCAAAAGGAGGAACAGCACCGUCAGAUUUGUCGUCCAAUACCUUGACGGUCCAGAGGAUGCGUUCCCCUCUUUCGCGGAGAUCGAAAACGUACACUUCAUGUCGUCCAUCCUCGGCAACGUCGAUGUCCUAAGCAACCUUCCCAUGACGUGCGGGAACAAGCCUGAAGCCCAUCCUGAUAACAGUCCUCCGGUCUCAUCAUUCAAGGCGAACUUCAUUCGUGGUGGACUUAUUCUCAAUCUCAUGCACCAUCAUUGGAACAAUGGCCUCACUGGCGGUACUGCGUUCAAUAAACAGCUAGCGAUGAACUGCUAUGCUGUUGCGAACAAGCUCGAGCCUCCAUUCUGGGACCCCAAGUGGCUCGACCGCAGUCUUUAUGGCCUUCCAGGUUUCGAAAACUCUUCAGCUUCUGACAAACCACCCGUUGACGCGCCACCUCGUGCGCAAAAGAACUUGCAGAUUAAGCCGUCGCAGUCGCUAGUGUUCCAUCUGCGUAAGUCUAAGGCUGUCGAGUUGAAGAGAGCUGCCUCGCCCAGUGACGGAUCCCGAAUCUCUACAUACAGCGCUGUCUGCGCACUGAUGUGGCGUGUCCUCACAAGGAUACGUGAGCCUCUUUACAAGCCAGAUCCAAGCUAUGCGCCACUAUGGGCACAGGGUGUGACUAUUGGAAAGCUGUACAAUAACCCGCCACUUCCUGGUCAGCUACAAGGCAAUUUGCAGUUUGACGUGACUUCGGAGACUUCUGGCCUCCCGAAAAUGACUGUGGCCGAUAUCAUCAGUCCAAAUGUGCCGCUAUCGAAACUCGCACGCUAUACACGCAACAUGACCGAAAGUGUUACACACGACAUGCUUUCUGACCAGUUGGCGAAGUUCGCAAGUGUACGCAACAAGCAGGAUUUGUCCAUCAACGUGGACUCGUUCCCACCAAUGGCCAUGUUGAUCGCCGAUUGGCGGUAUUCCGAUGUUUGUAAGUUCAACUGGGGUUUUGGUGAGCCUACCGCCUACCGGCACUUGUUUGGUGGAGUGCCGUUGUGCAUGGUCAUCGUUUUCCCAGCGCAUAAGGGACCAGCUGGUGACGACGAGGGCAUGGAACUACAAAUUACAUUUGAGACGGAGCUUGUGCCAAUAUUAAUUCAUGAUCCGGAUUGGAGCAAGUACUUCGAAUUCAGGGGCGUGGAUCUGUCGGACGAACAAAGCUUGAACAUGACUAAGUCAAAGCUGUGA